UAUUGCAUGGAGUUAAUAAGUACUUAUUUUUUAAAAGUAGUUAUACAUGUAUAUUUACCUUUGGGGAAAACUAUCAAUAUCAAAAGCCUUUAUCAAUUAAGUUCAUAUUAAAUUAUAACAUUCCAAUGCACUGUCACAAUGAAAUGGAUAACGUACACCAAAAUUGAUCAGAAUUUGCGUAAAGACAUCAAUCCGUAUUGCCUAUAGGUCCCCCACCACCCACGCAUCCAACUCCCACACUUGCCUUCUAUAGGUAAAACAACAAAAUUCAUGCCCUCCUAAUUGGAAUAGGAGAACAACAGUUUUUUUUGUUUCUUUUUGUUUUUUUUUUUUAAACUUUUCAAUGUUGCUCAUAUGUGAUUGAAUGUCGAACUUUGUUCGUUGCCGCAUUUACUAUAUGAUGGAAUGAAUCAAUCAGCGGAGCUUUCGAGGACCACGUGCCAUUGCGAAGAACAUGAUUGCUAUAGUGUAAUAGCAACAUAUCAGGUUGGUCUUUUAUGGUUUGUUUGAGCUUCAAGCUUCAUUCCAAUGUAGACAAUAAUUUGGUAUGCUAACCUUAUAAAAAAAAAAUAAAAAAUUGGUAUGCUAGAAUGAAAAUUGUGGUGGUGUGUCAGUGUGACCAAUGAGAUUUGAUGGAGUUGGUGUUUGAAAGAUGAAUUCGACCAAUUACAUACAUCUAAUCUUAUAAUACAACUAUACAAGAACAGUAAGUCAAUAAUGGAAAAAAUCUUAAUUAUUUCAUUAAGAAGAGGCCAUCGACAUGAGUUCAGAUUUUAUCUUAAUUCUUCGUUGUUGAUUACAUGAAUCCUCUGCCACCAAUCUUUUUUAUCAAAUGCUCUGAAGUCUUGCAAACCUAAUUUAUUUCUUAAUAUCGUUUCUAAAGCCAUCAAUCAAAUUCAUCUUUGUAUCCAACGAUAUGUGACACUUUGCCAAAUAUCUGAGGCAUUAAAUUCAAGUUAUUGAUAAUCUGUAAUAUGCAAGAUGUGUGAGUUAAGGUUACAACUUAUUGUAUAUGAUAAUCUGUACACAAACAUUUAUAUGUGGCUGGCCACACCUAUAACUAAUGGUGUGGCCAACUAAUAUAAAAGCCCAAUUCGCUUAGUGAUAUAACACAGCCAGUCCGUUUGGUUUUCGUUCGAGAAAUUUGAAGGAGCCCAACGCAAGAAAUCAUAAAUUUGAGCCCAUUUCUCUCUCUCCUUUUGUUCUCUUCCAGUUGACGCAUUUCUCUAUGUUUUCUUCUUCUUUUUUUUUUCUGGCAUUUCGUAUGUAACCUCCAUUUCUAAACAAUCAUCAUCAAGGGUUUGGUUUUCAUUUUCGUUCUUGAGUAUUAUGCUGUUCGAAUUAUUUGCGAAAUUAUGGCUAGAGUAAAGACUACAUCUCGUCGUCGUCCGAGUGAUGGUGGUCGCAGCGUUUGUGGUCCUAGUGAUGGUGGUCGUGGUUCAAAAGAUGAGUCUCUUGGGAAAGAUAUUCCUAACCAUGAAGGUAAUACAGGAGAUGAGUCUGUUGGCAAAGAUGUUCCUAAUCGUGAAGGUAAUAGAGGAGAUGAGUCUGUUGGUGAUUAUAUAGCUGGUUUUGUAAUAAGGCGUCCAAGUAGGAGUAAGAAGAAUACUCUUGCAGGAAGGGAUAAAGGUCCAUUGAGGACAUGUAACAGUACUCCUUCGAAGCCAACUGGGAAAAAGAAGACUAAUCGUGAAGGUAAUACAGAAGAUGAGUUUGUUGAGAAAGAUGUUCCUACGAUCCUUGAGGAGGAAGCUGAAGAGGAGUACAAUCCUCAUAAAAGAUGUCGGGUUUCUAAAAGUACUCCUUCGAAGCCAGCUGGGAAAAAGAAGACUAAUCGUGAAGGUAAUACAGAAGAGGAGGAAGCUGAAGAGGAGUACAAUCCUCAUAAAAGAUGUCGGGUUUCUAAAAGUACUCCUUCGAAGCCAGCUGGGAAAAAGGAGACUAUUGUGAGAUGUCGGCCAGCAGCGCUUAUUAAUCUUUUCAAGAAACUUUCAACUCAACAAAAGGAUGCUGUAUGCAGUAUUGGUUUUGGUAGUUUGUUUGAACUGAAGCUAGAGGAAUUUCCUAGGGAUAUGAUACGUAUGUUGUGCCGUAAUUUCUGUCCGAAAGAUAAGGUUUUGAUGAUAGGUAAUCAUCGAGUUCAGUUGAAACCUGCCGAUGUUGCUGAUGUUUUUGGAAUUCCAAUGGGGAAAUUUAAAAUUCCAAUAUCUAAAAGAGAUGAUGAUACAAAAUUGAAGAAUUUUUGGCUUGAAAACUAUGCUCAUUCAUCUGGGAUUGUUACUCCAGCAUCAAUGAGGAUGCUAAUGGAAAUGGAUGAUGAUUUUCUUAGUGGAAAUGAUGAUUUUAAGCGGUGUUUUGUAAUGUUUGCAAUUAUUACAUUGCUAGCACCUUCAUUAAACACUCAGGCAGAUUUUAAAAUCGUGCGUGCAUUAAUUGAUGUUAAUAGAAUUAAGGAGUAUGAUUGGUGUUCAUAUGUGUUGGAGGACUUAGCAACACGUAUGCAGAAGUAUGAAGACAGCAAGACAUAUAUUGGUGGUUGUGUACUGUUGCUUCAAAUUUGUUAUGUACAAAGAUUGAAAUUUCAAGGUCUUUCUUCUCCUAAAUCUUUACCUUUGAUUCAACACUGGACUACUAAGAAACUGAAGGAGAGAAUUACCCUCGAAGCGGGUAAAUAUGGUGUUGGGUUGUUGGAAGGUGGUUAUCCUAUAACCCUUGACACAAGGAUUGAAGUUCUCGAAGAUGACGGAGAGGGUGAGCAUGAGGAUGGGGAUGGGGAUGGGGAUGGGGAUAAGGGUGAGGAUGAGCAUGAGAAUGAAGAUGGGGAAAAUGACGAGAACGUGAUCAAGAAUAUGGAUGGUCAAGUGGAUGAUAAUGCCAUUCAUGGUCGUCGGCGCUGUGAAACUUUUGAUUUGCCUGAUGGAGUUUUUUCUAAUCAAGACAUUGAAGCAAUGGCAAGAAAUGAUGAUGAAAAGGAUUUGUUGUUGCUGAAGAGAAACGCGAAGUUGUUUGCACAUCUUUGUGAACAAAAUAUCAAUCGAUUGAAUCAUUCAGGAUCCUUUUCUCUGAAUAGUUAUCCAGAGUUGUCGGAUUGUAUACAACAAGUUAGGAAUAUAGUUGCAAAUUUGCAAUUACAUCCUACGACUCAUGGUGCUUGAUCCUUUGAAGGUUGAUGCUAAGUACUCUAAACAUGUGUAAUUACUUUUAGUUAGGGGUUAGUUUUUUGUAAUAGUGGACGAUUUUAUUGAAUGUAGGGGUUUUUUUUUUGCUAAUGCUACGGGGUUACUUUUUGUAGUGAUACGGGGUUACUUUUGUAAUGAUAAUGGGUUACUUUUACUAAAACUAGGGAUUACUUUUUGUAAUACUUAUGGGUUACUUAUUCUGAAACUAUGGGAUAUUUUUUGUGAUGGUAAGGGUUUGUUUUCUAAACUAGGGGUUAUUUUUUAUAAUGAUAAGGGGUCACUUUUUAUGGUUAUGAGCUGAAUUUAUGAACAUGAUUUUGAAACACGAUAUUUGUUAGGAAUGAUUAGUUUUGUUUAGCCAACUAUUUUCUUUUGAACAAUUUUGAUGAGUCAUGACAAGUUGUAGAUGCUACUUCUUAGGUGUUACUUAUUGUAAUUCAAAAAGCAUUAUAUUUGUAUAAUUAGGUGCUAGUUUUUGUUUAAUAAUAUUGGGAGGUUACUAAUAAUUAACGGGGUUAUUUUCUAAUCAUCGUCGGAAUACAAAAACUAAUGUUAAGGGUUAAUUCAUAAUAACAUAGCAGUUACUUUGCUAUAAUAUAGAGGGUAAUUUUUUACACUUAUUCGAGAAAAAAUGUCUACCCAUGGAGAUUUUAAGGGUGCUUCCCUAAUAAUAUUACACGUAAAAUUCAUUUCCAUUACCAUAAUUUAUUAACGACUAACAAAUGGCCCAUUAAUGUUUUCUAGGGGUUAGACUUAGUGGUUUCUUAAGUUGCAUUUUGUUGUUUAAUAUAAUAAGCCCAACGAAUUCCUUUUUUGCCAUCUUAUUUUGCUCAGCUUCAUUUUUGUUUCUUCUCUACCACUUGUGUGAAGUUUACCCAAAUUACCUCCAUUUUUCUCUCUCCUAAAAUGCUUCAUUUUUUGUUUUGUUUUUUUUUUUUUUACGAAUGUUAAGGGGUUACUUUUUGUAAUGCUAAGAGGUUACUUUCUGAAAUGAUAAGGGGUUACUUUUGUAAUGAUAAGGGGUUACUUUUAAUAAAACUAGAGAUUAUUUUUUGUAAUACUUAGGGGUUACUUAUUCUGAAACUAUGGGCUACUUUUUGUGAUGGUAAGGGUUUACUUUUAUUGAAACUAUGAGUUUGUUUUCUAAACUAGUAGUUACUUUUUAUAAUGAUAAGGGGUCACUUUUUAUGGUUAUGAACUGAAUUUAUGAACAUGAUUUUCAAACACGAUAUUUGUUUGGAAUGAUUAGUUUUGUUUAGUCGAGUAUUUUCUUUUGAACAAUUUUGAAGCUUUUUCAUCUUAAAGACUAACAUUGGCAGUUGUGUUAGCCUACCUCAUGAGUCAUGACAAGUUCUAGAUGCUACUUUAAUUUUUGAAAGAUGAUACUAUUACUAUAACAUCGUAAAUAAUAAUAAUUAGUAUUACAUUUUAGGUGAUAAUGAUACUAUGACAAGUUGUAGAUGCUACUUCUUAGG